AUGAAAGCCCCGACUAGUCAACCAGAAGCAGAUUGCAUGCUUCUGAUAAGAGUGAAAAAGUGUUUCUAUUUAUCUUUAACAUAUUUGGGGAAAAAAUCUGAAAGUGAUAAAACUGAGAAGAGAAGUGCAAAAAUAAUUAGCAGUUUUAUAAGCGUGUGGAUUCACAACAUGAACUGCCAAUGCGUUUGA